GCCCCGCGGACCCGGCCGGGCGGGCCCGGCGCUGUCAGAGCGCGGCCGGCGCCGCGCCGGUUGCCGUGGUGACGGGAAAGCACCCCCCCCCCCCCUCCCCGCGCCCCCGCCCCCGCAAACAUGGCAGCGGCGGCGCGGCUGCUGCGGGCGGCGGCCCCGGCGGGGAGCGGCGGCAGGUGAGGAGCGGCGCAGCGAGGCAGGCGUCGCCCCCGCCCGCCCGCCUUGCCGCUGCCGCGGGCGGGACCCUCCUCACCCCCGGCUCCCCUCAGCCGCCAGGCGGGGCGGCGGCGGCGGCGGCGGGGCCGGGGCCGCGGCUGGGCGGGCCGGGGCCGGCAGCAGGCCGGCCGGCCGGCCGGCGGGCGAGGCGGUCGCGGGGGGGCGGGCUCCCGGCCCCGCCAGGCAGCGCUCCUCCCUCCCGCCCCGGGAGCCCCCGGCGGGGUGACAGCCGAGCCGAGCCGUGCCGAGCCGAGCUCGCCCCGGCCGGGGCCGCGGAGGCAGCGCCCGCUCCCGCCUCGGCCCUCUCGCUGCUGCCAGGACGAAGGGAGGCGGGAGCCGCCACCCCCGCGCCCGCCAUGUGGAAGCUCAACAAGAGCAGCAAAGUUCUGCUGGACGACUCGCCCGAGGAGGAGGAGACGCGUCCCCGCGGCCCGCCGCCGGCCGCCGCCGGCGCCUUCGCGGCCCCCCAGAAUAAAGACCAGUUUCUUCAUGAUGAAGUUUCAUCUUCAGUGUCACAACUUGCAACAAAGGUUCAAGGUGCAAGUUUCCGGGGUUGGAAGGAAGUGACGUCUAUGUUUAAUAAAGAUGAUGAACAGCAAUUGCUAGCAGGAUGCAAGUCUCCAAAAUCCAAAGGAUCAAACCUAAAGUUAAAGGAAGAGAUGAAGUCUGAGAAGAAGCCAGGUUUUUGGGACAGUUUGGUGAUAAAGCAGAAUGUCCCAUCUAGGAAACCAGAUGAGAUUGAGGGAUGGGAACCCCCGCAGAUCACUGCUGCUGACUCUACAAGUGAUGCAGCAACUACUUUAAGUGACUAUACAGCCUGGUCAGGCUGGGAAGAUGAAACCAAAGGCUCCACAAAAUACACAAACCUGGCCAGCUCAGGAAACAGUUCCAGGUGGAGUAUCAAAUCAGCUGGAAAGCUCGUUAGUAUUAGACGUCAAAGCAAAGGUAACCUUACUGACAACUGGGAAGAACUAGAAUGAUAAUGGUAUUGUGAAAUACUUUAUAGAUAAGAAGAGAAAGGUUCCAUGAUUUACUCGUAUAUUUAAACCAAAAUCAAAUCUGCUCAAUAUUGCACCUUUAUACAGUACUUUGUUUUAUUCAGAUGAUUACAAAUUUUUGCUCACCUGAUAGAAAAUUUUCUUAUUACAUUCUUAAAUAGCUAUGUUUUCCACACUGAAAAAAAGUAGAGAAUCUAUUUUGUGCCUAUAUUUCACAUUCAGACUCUGCAGUAUGUUGGAUUGUUGGUUUUACCAAAAAAAUGUAAUUCCUUAGUGAAUGUAUACACUGGUUGUAAAUUUGACUGCCUUAUGUAGGAACUUCCACUAGCUUGAGGUCCUGUUUUUUUCCUGGUAUUUGAGGGCCACUCAAAAUUUUAGUUUUGAUGCUGUCCCUUUUUAACUAGGAAUACUGAUCUGUUGCUUGCGGGGAGAAUGCUUAUACUUAGUAGACUGUUUUCCAAAUCUUCAGCCUCAGCAUAUGCUUCAGCUUGUGCACACAAGAUGCUCAACUGUCACAAUGUGUUAUACGGUGUAUAAAAUGGGAAAAUAUUCUAACGUAAUUCCUUCCAUCACAGGAUCUUCACCAAUAGUCAGGUCAAGUGGGUCUUCCAGAGGUUUUUUUGUUUUGUUUUAUAUUGAACAUUGUUUGACAAAACUAAGCUUCUCAGUUUUUAAGAUGCAUGUUAUGCCAAAAAUAAAAAUGAUUGAAAAUUUGGAAAGCAGCAGUGAGUAGAGUAUAAGACGAUCUCGAUAUUCAGUAUCUGUGGUCCUGAAUCUAGGGAUAAGUUGCUUCUUAUGGAAGGGCAUAUGUUUUCAUUUUUACAAUAGCUGAUCCUUGUUCUACAGACAGCUUUUUUGUUUUGUACUGUGUUGUUCCUUCCCCUCCGUCCCAUAAGCAGUGAUUUGAAUUAUACUCUGGCAUUUUCAGGGUAACUGAGUAACUGAGCCAUUGCAAGUAUGUGCAUGCACACAACUUAUGAAGCGUUUUUGUUAUAAAGCUCCAUCUUAUUAGCUACUGAUACUUUAAUUUUUUGGUAAAAGAAGGUGAAGUGUUAAAUUUGAGAUUUGAAAUGUAUAUAAGAAUACUAAAAGUGCCUCUUUCUAGCAUAUUGUCUCUCAUUAGCAGUGCAGCUGAUGUCAGAUCCAAAGCUGGUUUCCAUUUUGUUUGUAUAACCUAUAUAAAUACUGCUUUAACAUUCAUGGAAAAAAAACAAACCAAAAGUUUCAUAAGAAAUGAACAGUAGGCCUUUGCUCUCCUGAUUGUUAAACUGGUAUAGCAGAACUGAAAACCUGUUGACUGCCUAGCAAUAUGGCCGGUACAGUUGGAAGAUGAAAUUAGCAUUUCAGAUAAAAUCAGCGUUUUUACAAGAAAGCAUAUACCUUUAUAUAAUGGAUGUCUUGUAAACAUAUUUUUGCAAGAAGCUUAUGCUAAUGAAAAGGGAUGCAUGCAGUUUUCUUCUAAGCUUGUACCUUGUUUCUGUUACUGCCACAUUACUGCUUUCUUAGCUCUCUCUUUCUCCUCUCUCUUCCAAUUCGUGUGUAGUUUUCUGGCUUUCAGUUCCUGCAUAGCUAGUUUUUGGAGAUUCCUGUUGAGAUGUGCCUGGAGGGAAACUGUAGCAAAGUGGUUUUGGUUUUUUUUUUUUUUUCCCCUGGUGUUAAUAGGAUGUUAAAAGACAUUGUUCUUAAGUUUCUAUAAAAGAGCAUCAGUGUUUUGUGCUACAAACCAGGAUCUUGUAAUUGGCAAAUGUAUUUGUAAAAUUGGCAUUAUAUAUUUAAAAAAAACUAAUAGAGGAGAAAGGGUUAGCAUUUAUAUCGCAUCAUUUAGUCUGUGAUUAAACUCUGUAUUUGCCUUUGGCAAGUACGUAUGCUGAGGUUAAUUAUAGGAAAGAAUUAGUAUUCUUGGGUAAAGUAUGCUGCAUUUUAUAGUUUAUGGAAUACCCUCUAAGGCAUGAGCUAGUCUUUAGUUUGGUUGUUGGUGCUGACCUAAAAGAACAGAAAAAGAUCUGCUAGCAGCCCUCGAUAUUUUGCUCUCAAAGAUGGGCUGAGAACUUUUAAUUUCCCUCCUGAAGAAACUAUUUAUACUGUGACCAGUAAAGGUUUUGCCUUGCACAUUAUACUGUCAAGUGCCUGUUUCUCACCUUGAUGAUGUGUUUGAUGCACAGCUUAACUGCAACAUUUUUCAAUUUGUUUUAAGUGUAUGAUAAAUAAUAUGCUCACAAAGCUGAAGCCUAUUAUAAAACAAAAUUGCAUCCAAGUGGGAAAUUUAAAUAUGUAAACUUACAGUUUAACUCCUAGUGAUGAAAGUUUUGGUGUGCUUUUUACGUGAUAUUUCCUCAGAAAUAAGCAUUCUAAGGAUGAACAUUAUUAAAUUUAAUAUAAUUUAUUGUUAUGCUUUAAUAAUGUAUUUGUCUUUUGAGAACUCACUGGUGUGAGCUUUUCUUGUCUUAUGUUUAUAAACUUGUCGGAAUUUUCGGAAUGGGGUCCUCUUUUCUUUUACCUUCUUUAGGUGCUUAACUACAUUAUACAUUUAUGGGCUUAAGCUAUACACAGCUCCAUAUGUGGAAUAAGUGUAGAAUAUGUCCCUUAAUAUUUGUUUUGAAAUUGCAUUUCAAUCUAUGUGAAAUGGUUUAGAAGAAGGUAGCAUUAAGAUUGUAUGAUAAGAUUGCACAAAAUAAAAUAUAGUUUAUAUUGCUUUCUCGUAGCCAAUCUGCAUGAUUGUUGGCGUGGUUUUAACGGGAAUUAAAAGCUUCAUGUGGCUGUAACUAGUCACUUAACUCUAAGCAAAGUUCUUUCUGAGUAUUUUUAUUUAUUAGCAUCAUUUGCAAAAAGAAAAGUAGUAUUUUCCAUAUGAAUAAAGAUUUAGUUUGAACUGAAA